GGAUCCUCAGUUGAGGCCGAACUCUGGAGCAGGAAUGUUGCUGACUGCCAAUUGGGUUCUGCCGCUUUUUCUGUGGCUCUUCUAUGGGGGAUUUCCCCAUGUGAGCGGCGCCGAUCUCUGCGAGCCCCUUGGCUGGAGGAAUUACCAGUGCAAUGAGAUCGCUUCCCUGCAGGAUCUAGUGGAUUUGGGAGCGGAAAACUGGCACACGCUCUCUAUACGGAAUGUACAAACGGAACUGGAGGUGGGGUCAGGCGAGAAUGCAGAUCACUUGGCCAACUUAGUGGAAUUGGAUUUGACAGCAGCAGCCCCAAUAAACCUUCAUACUAGCGGCUUUUCCAUUCUGCCUAAUCUGCGGUACCUGAACCUCAGUGGCUGUGGUCUUGCUGACAUAAAGGGCAGCCACUUUGCGGUUGAGUCAGCGCUUCAGCGUCUCGAUUUUAGUCACAAUCAAAUGGAGCUUCUGGACCGGGACUUUUUUGGCAAUCUGCGGAAGUUGAUUUAUGCGAACUUUUCGCACAAUGCCUUGAGGCAGUGCGAUCUGCCCCACAUGCCGCUGCUCAAUCGCCUGGAACUGGGCCACAAUCGCUUGGUAAAUGCCACUUUUGGGGUCUGUCCUCAGUUGCAGGAGUUGAUUUUAAAUAACAACCAACUGGCACAGUUGGACGUGAACGCCUUUCGAGGACUCCACGGUCUGUUGGAACUGCAGCUCAGCGGGAACAGGUUGAACUCCAUUGGCCAGGAAACCUUUCAGCCGCUCUCACAGCUGCGUAUACUUAACCUCUCACGGAACGCACUCGAUGCACUGCGUCCCAAUGUUUUUGGAGCGGUCCAGAACUUUGUGCUGCACCUGCAGCAACUAGAUCUUUCAGGGAAUCGCAUCCGCCUGCUGUUCGACAACCAAUUCCGGGUGCUGGCAAGACUACAAAUGCUCGAUGUGUCCAGGAAUAGCAUAGCCAGCCUUAGUCCCGGUCACUUUGUGGGCUUGGGCUCGCUAAGAAAGCUGUACUUGCAGUACAAUGCCAUCCUAGAAAUCAGGACGAGUACCUUUGCUGCCCUGCUGAACCUGGACACUCUGGAUCUGUCCUACAAUAACCUAGAGUUCCUCGAGGAGCAGAUCUUCGGAAGCAACACUUUGCCACGCAUGCGCAGGCUCAACUUGAAUGGCAAUCAUAUAAAGCAGCUGCAUCCAUUGGCCUUCUCGUCGCUGCCAUUUUUGGAAUACCUAAGGCUGGGUCACAACGAAAUAAAGUCCUUGGAUGUGCGGAUGUUUGCGCCCAUGCGACGCCUGCAGAAGCUGCAUUUGGGUCACAAUCUGCUGGAGGAGAUCAAUCUGGAUGUGCUGGAAAGCCUAAGUAGCGUCCAGGAGAUCCUGGUGGACAACAAUCGCCUCACCUUUCUGUCCAAGGUUAACGUGAGCUUUCCCAACCUGAAACGCGUGGCCAUCGAAGGUAAUCCCUGGCAGUGUCCUUGUUUCGUAAAGCUGCAACAUUGGUUGGCCACCAGGGAUGUUGUCUAUCUGCGCGACAAUACAGGUUACUACAAGGGCGAACGACCCCUCUGCAUAGUGACCAAUGUGGAUUACUGUAUCCAAAAUUUGCAAGCUGUGCGUCGCCUCGGAAUUCUCGGCGAUUUCCAGGGAGAGCAGGUGGAGGCGGAUGCCUUUGAAGACGAUGCAAGUGCAGCACAAGACUGAUUUGUAACUAAACUAUUGCCUAAAUAAAAAAAAAGGUGCCUAAAAGAUA